AUACAUCUCUGUAGAAGAAGAAGAAUAUUGUAAAUUGUCAAGAUUUCGCAGAAAGCCAAAUUUGGCUGAUGCUGGUGAAAAAUAAUAAUUUUUUCGUUUUUAUAAUAAUUUAUUCAUUUUAGUUUGUUACAAGCAUCAGCACAACGUUGUUGACAAAAGCGUUUGAAAAGUAUUCAAGUGUAAAAUGGUGGAAACUGACGAUGCUGCUGAGCUACUUUUCUUCGACACUUUUUCACAUGAAGUGGACACGGACAUCAAUCUCGAUCUUGUGCAAUUCCCAAAGCCAGUAUUUAUUACCCAAGUGCGUAUAAUUCCAUUAGGUGCACGUGUACAAGCUGAUUUUCCCGGUGGUGUGCGCCUGGGAGCCACCAAUCCCUCGAAAUUUGAUAUUGAAUUUUUUGUCAAUGAUUUGGGCAUGCCGGGUGCCUCUACAUUCGAGAAUUUAGGACAACUGAAAUAUAAUCAAAACGAUUGCAUACAUCUAGAAUGUACACAAGAGAAAAUACCCACCGAUGGUUUAGUAUUACGUGGCUGGUAUAGUACAAUUACUCUGGCAGUGUAUGGUAUAUUAACAAAUUCGAUGAGUGAACCAAUUGCUAGUCCACCACCGCCUCCUUGCGAACCAACGGGUCCUGAGGAGAUUUGUAAUUUGAGUGGUAGCGGUGAGACGCGUGAACCAAGCAUACCAGAGGAGACAAAUAAAGAUGAAUGGAAAGAACCUUUACCGAGUGAGGUGCCUACAGCGCACAAAACCAAUAUUGGUGACUUUGAACGUGAUGACAUGGAAUAUGUUGGGGGUGUAGGACGCAGCGGCGCUGGCGUAGGUGGCGAUCAUUACCAACAUUCAGGUGAUGAACGUGAGCGAGGUUUGCGCAAGACGUCUCAUUCUUCGGAACGCUCUCUACCUACACGUAAUCGUACGCAUUCGGAAAGCAAUGAAAGAGAAUAUGUGCGUGGACGCAACGAACGAGAGCGUGAAAAAGUAUCGCGUGAUUGGUCACGUAGCCCUGACUACUCACGUCAUUCCCGUCGCAAACGUUCUGAACGCUCACGUUCUGACGCCGAGGAGUCCCAUAAAUGGCCUCCACGUACGCCGCCCGCCUCGAUUGAUUCACCAACACGACCGCGCUCACCCGAUAACUACUCAGAAGAUGAUGUGCAUUAUAAACUCAAAACACGCAGUUAUAUGCGCUCCGAAGAGUCUUUAACCAAUGGCGCUGGCGACACGCAAACUUUGGAUGAUGAUGAAACACCCGGUACGCCUGGCGAACAAUACGAGCCCAUUCUCAGCGAUGAUGAAAUUAUCGGUGAUGACGAUUCCAAUACCGCUAUCGAACCGGUUAUGGGUGAUGAAUUAGAAACAGAAUUGGCUGCGGCUGCAAAUGCUGUCGGACCAGCCAUACUCGAUUUUGAUCCAUUCACUAUGCCUAUUAGCCGUUAUGAAUGUGAAAUGCAAACAUUGUGCCGCAAGGAAUUGGAUACACUAGCGGCUAUAAUGCAGAAAUUCGAUAUUCAAACAAAAUGCGCCAGUUUGGAGGCUUUCAAUGAUGCGUCUACGACAAUAGAGGAGCGCGAGAAUUUCGUAUAUCUAUGCGAGCAGCUAAUCAAUCAAUUAUCUUAUAUAACGCAGAAUUUUAAGCGUCGUAAUUAUGUGCUGAAACAAUUUUUCAACACAAAUCCAAACUUUCUAACAAAGUCUUAUAACAUUUUGAGAAUUGCAUUGGAAUUUGAGGCGGCCUGUUCGCAACUUCAACCGGCUUUCAAGAUAAGACAUUUGAAAAUUGGUGCACGCCUCACCGAACUAUUGUCUUCAGCACCGCAGUUCUUGGAUCACCUGUUGAAUGUGCAAAAUUUCGAUCCCUUCGAUGUGCUUUUUAAACUGUACCAAGAGAACUACAUGGCUGUAUCCAUCAAGCUCAUGUUACUCAAAGCCAUAUAUGCACUACUAGACACUAAAGAAGGCAUACGUUAUUUCCUAAUUGGCGGCAAAGUGAAUGGCUAUCAAUUGCUCCUAAACACCUUACAACAAUCUCACCUCACACGUACCAAAUUCGCUCUGCAGGCGAUUGUCAAGAAGCUGCACUUGAACGAGGCGCUCGAAUCUGUGCGUGAGACUUGCAAUAAACUUUUUGUACUCACGAAUUUGCCUACAUCUGCGUUAGCCGAGCAAUAUGUCGCCAUUGAACAGGCGAUUGAGCAAAUUAUGGACGCUUUGGUGGUGAAUUCAUUGUCUUACCAACAACCGAAACGCUUUUUGCCCGUCGCCAAAAAAUUCGAAAUCGCCAAUGACCCAGCAGCGCAGCGUAGUUUCGCCAACGCCUUGCAGUCUUACUUCGUGGAACACGCGCUGGGCGAAUCGCUGCUGCUUAUGUUGGUUAACGCUGGUGAAUUACCGUCGUCUUUGCUCUUACGCGUAUUGGACUUGCUGCAAGCGCUACUCCAGACGCAUGUUGGUGUGGAUUAUUUUGUGGAUGAUUGUUUUGAGACCACGCAACUGCUAAUCGCUGUGUUACUGGGCAUUGAUGAAGUGCCUGAGCUUGUGACAACCACAGAGGAAGAGACUACUGAAUCAAAAGUGAAGGAAGAGCUGUUAAUCCCCAAAACGGAGGCUGUAAGUGAUGAUAGCGCCGUUAAGAAGGAAACGACUGCCUCUACUGCAGAGCAAACCGACACACUGCCCAAAGAUAAUGGAACGAAAGAGUCCGAAAAACAGUCUGAGAGCGCUGUACCGUCUAAGGAGUCCACGCCAGCAAGUGUUGAGCCCAACGUGCAGCCACUGCGGCGACCAGUACUACAUCGCCUGCAACAACUCGCCGUGGAAUUGGCCAACAAAGUGCAGACUCGCUAUCACUUGGAUGCUAUUAUGUAUUUAACACGCGCUGACAAUUAUGAUGUCAUAAAAUUAGCGACUCACUUGCAUGCGCUCUACUCACAGACCUGCCAGUCACCCGGUCGUCAACACACCGUCGACGUGAUUAGCAUGAACAACAAUAUGCAGCUAUUUAUGGACCUUAUACAAAAAGAGCAACGUUUGCAAGCGCAACGCCAAAUCGCCUCACCGGGCGCCAAGUAUAAGAGUCCUGUGCUGAGUUAUGCCGUCGACAUGGUCGACUGCUGCGUUCGAUAUUGUGAACAGAUGGAUUACCUCAUCGAACACGGGCCCAUGAUACUGGAAUUGGCGAAAAAUCAUGAGACAUUCGAGCCUUCGGUUUCCGCAGUGCUGCAGGAGAUGUUUGUUUACAUGAAGCCUCUGGAAGCUAUAAAUAUAUUCUCUUACGAUAAUAUUACACCUUUGGUCGAGGUGAUCUCGCGUUCAAUGGAGUAUAUAACCACUUUCCCUGGCGAUUUAAUUAUGGGUUUACGCAUACUUCGCCACUUGGCUAUUGGACCCUCCAAUAAGGCGUUCCGCAGCUCCAGCACGGAGGAGUUGAAACAUCGUUUCGUCACACUACAAUUCUAUGCGGCCGAUGGCGUACAAACGCUUAUACAAAUACUUGAGAAAUUAUGCUCUUACUUCGAACAACCCGGCUUGCAUACGCCCGCACUGAUGACCAUACAGGGUCUACAUUGCUGUCAAAUACUCUUGCCUGCAUUACAGGUGCUCCGCGCCAUGCUCUCCUAUGCUAUACAGUGUCGCGAUACGGAGUUCAAGGAUCUAACCGCCAUCGAUCAUCUGAUGAAGGCCUAUUUUCUUUUGCAUUAUUUCCCCACCCACAGUCAAGCGGCGAAUGAGAUCGCACAGGCGAAGCAGGAAAUUGUGCAAUUAUUGUUGGCGUACACACAGCCCAAUGAGCAGGACGAAGAGUCGUUACACAAGUCGUUGUGGACGUUAAUGAUACGCGAAAUAUUGAAGAAUAUCGAUGGACCAGCCACAUUCAUGCCAGGUCUCCAUGUGCUCGCCGAGCUGCUACCCCUGCCGCUGCCAAUACCUUUACCAGUCGACGCGCAGCUGCCCGAAACUCAGUCUCAGCGUUUGAUCACCGAACGUAAGCUUUGGUCCGCUCAUUUGCAUCCGCAAAGCGCACAAAUCGCCAAACUUAUUGAAACCAUCGCGCCCUCUACAUUCCCGCCGUUGGUUGACCUUAUGACCAAGGUCUGCUUGCAACUCGCCGACUUGGCGCCCAACAUGACGCUGCUCAUCUCGAAGACGCUCAGCGAUUUGGUCUGCGCGGAAUGGCAGUCUGCCUCCGCCACGCCAACGCCACAUUUGGCGCGCCUGCUGUAUUUCUUUGCGCGUCUGACUUCAUUUGCCGCGUUAAAGAUUUCUUCAAUCUCUAUACUCAGCGGCAAGCUAUGGGAGCUAUUUCAGUCGGUGCUCUGUUACACGGGACAAGCAUCAGGCGUGGUACAGCACUGUCAGUUGGCCAUACAACAAAUUUUGAAGAGCUUUAUAGAUGCGGGCAUAUCCUUCGUCUCACCGAAAUCCACAGCGACGCCGGAGCUAAAUUUGGCCGCCGCGCUGCCGCCGAAAGAAUUGAUACCACGCAUUAUAGAAGCGAUUUUGACCAAUCUAUUCAGCAGUGAUCCUCACCAGGACGUUUGCGAAGUAGCGUUGAACAAUUUAAACCUACUAACGGAGCUUGACAUUUCCAUGCAUCAUCUGACGCAGCAGUUGAAGCAAAGGCGCGCCGAAUUCCAACAGUGGCUCGAAAAGUUCCUCAAGUACGCUGAAGCCGAGCAUGCGCGCCUAGCGCCUAUAGAGCUGUUCAUCGGCUUUCUGCACUCUCUUUCGCAUAUUGCCGAGUACUUGCAACAACAACAAACUAUACCCAUACGUAGCAUGAAGUGGUCUAUUGGCGAAGUCGCGCACUUACUUGGUUUCCAAAAGAACGCAGAUCCACAUCUCAUUCAGCGUCUGAGCGCCGCGUAUACAAAUGUCAAAAAUAAAGCGCUGACACAAAUAAAGGAGGAAGACGAUAGCAAUUCACCAAUCAAAUUAUUAGCUGAAAUCGCCACCGAGUUCGAGGCGCUAGAGGGCAGCGCAUCGCCUAAAACCGAUGAAGACGGCGCGGGCGCACAAACUAGCGAACCCACACUGCCCCAAAGUGAGGGCAUUGUCAUGCAGUUCGCAGCGCGUCCAAUUUUCGUGGAGUUCGAUGCAGUCGCCGAUGAACAACUAUUGCUAACACGUUAUUGGCUCCAAGUAUCAUGCGUCGAUUUGGAUCACAGCAAAUAUGAGCGUGUUCCUUGCGAUUUAACCGAGCUGGCUGCCGAGUGUUUGCCGCCCGAAACGAAUCUCACUUCGGAUUGUAAGCGUAUGCUGCACUUGUCCGCUUCACCACAGUCGAAUCGCGAGCGCACACCCACAGCGCCUUGCUUCCGAACGCGACGCGUUGAAGUCGAACCCAGUACAGGACGACCUGAGAAGAAAAUCUAUAUAACACCCGUGCGCGGACGUGGCUUUGCGCGUGCACCACCUUCGCGUGGUGAUCUCUUCCGUUCGCGACCGCCAAACACAUCGCGUCCGCCAUCCUUGCAUGUCGACGACUUCCUAGCGCUGGAGACUUGUGGCGCACAACCUACUGGCCCGACGGGCUAUAACAAAAUACCGCCAAUCAUGCGCGGUUCACGCGUAGGACGUAAUCGCGGCACACGCAUUUCGACGGCAGCCGCUUUUCGCAAAAACAAAGUUAUGCGCACUGCGUCGCCAUCGACCUGGGCUGAUGCCGGUUCACCGCAUUAUCGCAACGCUCCCAUCGACCCGCACUUUGGCGAAUCCCACUACUCGGGCAAUCCCCAUUUCAGCGGGCGCUCACGCGGCCGUGGUGGGCGUCCACGCCCCUAUCUACGUUAGUAAAUUUUCACAGGCUUUGGCAACUAGAUUUUAACUUGAUUUUAAUUUUUUUUACAAAAAAUACAAAAAAUACAU